AUGGUGGUGGACAACCCGGACCCUAACCGGGCGUCGGCACCGCAAAGCCCGCAGACUGCGGACAAGGCAGUCAAUAGUCCUAUGGUAAUAUUAUGCAAAAUAAUAUUUUCUUUUUACAUAUUCCUCUUGAUUUUAAACCUAGAAUAGAAAAAAACCGGGAAGUAGAUAAGAUCAGAGACAUAUUUGUUCGCUAUGUGAAGUUGCGCAACUAAAAAAUUUGUCAUCUUUCAGACCUCUGAUGACACAGAUGACGAUACCAUACUCGAUUCUCCGCCAGUACGACGUAGAUAUCAAGCAUACACGGUCAUGCAGAGGAGUGGAUUCCAACAUACUGAGUAAGCCGCUCCUUAGUUGAGUAUUGUAAUUCAUAGUCUCGAUUCCAACAAAGUUGGAAAUAAAUGUUGAUCCAGAUACUUUUGUGGAUUCUUCGCAUUUAUAUUCGCCGAUAUUCAUCUCGUCAUCGCGUUCCAUUUGCCCUAGAUUCCUCGUUCUUCUUCUCUUCUCUUCUUCCAAUUGAAUAUGAAACCUUUCAGGUAUGUCCAGAUCAUUACCCAUCUCUCCAAGGCCGAGAUCCUGAUCAGUCUCGUCUUCAUGUGCCAUGGAUUAUCAUGUCCUGGAUUCCAGACAGACUCCGUUUAUCAAUCGACCUGCCAUAUAAAUGUGCUCGCUGCUUUGGUGGGGAUAUUUACUGGAGGUGUUGGGUUGGGGGCAGUUCACAAGUUCAGAUGGAAGAAUAUGUUGGUGAUGUGGUUGAUCAUGUGCAUCAUCUCUUCAGUGGCCAAUCUGCUGGCCGUAAUUACAACCGGUGUUUGGUUGGAUCACUUGAAUAAGAUGAAAGAGAGGACGGGGAUCGCCAAUGGAUUGAGUGGGAUGAUGUUGUUGGGAUCAGUUCUGGUCGGGGUCUGCUUUAUUCUGACGGCCGUUUUGAUCUGCCAUUACUGGGCAUCCAAUUCGUCCAAAUAUCAAGCUGUUGGGCGGAUGGCAGUAAGUAUAACACAUUCUUCUAUCUAAAUUUCUUUAAAAAUGCCUGUUAUUAUAUGGGCCUUUUCCAGAAACGAACGCGCAGUGUUCGACGCCGUUCCAGCCGAAAUAGUGGGACCGAUCGUUCCGGCAGAAGCUCGCGAUUGGAGAGAAUGCCAUCGAUUAAACAGUAUCACAUCGUUUAG